AUGGUUGGCUACCCUGAGUCAUUGACCGAUCCCUCUUACCGCGGUCAAAUCCUUGUCCUUACAUUCCCUCUCGUCGGUAACUAUGGUGUUCCUGACCGCAAGGUUAUGGACGAAAUCCUCGAGGGUAUCCCCAAAUACUUUGAGUCUUCAGAGAUCCACGUUGCCGGUCUGAUCGUCGGCAACUAUGCCGCUGACUACUCCCACUUCUUGGCUUCUUCCUCUCUCUCAACCUGGCUCAAGGAGAAUGAUGUCCCUGCUAUCUAUGGUAUUGACACCCGUGCCUUGACCAAGAAAAUCAGAACCCAGGGUGAUGUUGACUGGGUUGAUCCCAACAAGCGCAACUUGGUCGCCGAGGUUUCCAUCAAGGAGCCCAAGCUCUACAAGCCCGACCCCAAGAAGGCCCUCAAGACCCCCUGUGGUACUCGCACUAUCCGUGUCAUUGCUGUUGAUGUCGGUAUGAAGUACAACCAGAUCCGUUGCUUCGUUUACCGUGGUGUCGAGCUCAAGGUUGUUCCCUGGAACUACGAUUUCACCGCCGAACCUGUUGAUUCUUAUGAUGGUCUCUUCCUUUCCAACGGUCCUGGUGACCCCACCACGGUCCAGGCCACCAUCAACAACGUACGUACCGUGCUCAAGAACACCAAGAAGCCAAUCUUCGGUAUCUGUCUCGGUCACCAGAUCUUGGCCCUUGCUGCUAACGCCAAGACCAUCAAGAUGAAGUACGGUAACCGUGGUCAAAACAUUCCCUGUACCAACUCUAUCUCCGGUCGCUGUUACAUAACAUCUCAGAACCAUGGUUAUGCUGUUGAUACCACCACUCUCCCCGCUGAUUUCGAGGAGCUCUUUGUCAAUGCCAACGACGGCUCAAACGAAGGUAUCAUCCACAAGACUCUUCCCAUCUUUUCUGUCCAGUUCCAUCCCGAAUCUACUCCAGGACCUCGCGACACAGAGUUCCUCUUUGAUGUCUUUAUCAAUAGCAUCAAGGACUGUCUUGCUGAGAAGAAACUUGUUCCUGUCAAGAUGCCCGGAGGUCUCAAGGCCGACAACAUUGCCAAGAACCCCCGUGUUUCGGUUAACAAGGUUCUCGUUCUCGGCUCCGGUGGUUUGUCCAUUGGUCAGGCCGGUGAAUUCGAUUAUUCUGGUUCCCAGGCUAUCAAGGCCUUGAAGGAAGAAGGCAUCUACACCAUCUUGAUUAACCCCAACAUUGCCACAAUUCAAACUUCCAAGGGUCUCGCCGAUAAGGUCUACUUCUUGCCCGUCACACCUGAUUUCGUUCGCAAGGUCAUCGAGUUCGAGAAGCCUGAUGGUAUCUACGUCACAUUUGGUGGUCAGACUGCUCUCAACGUUGGUAUCAAGCUUAAGGAUGAGUUCGAGUCUCUUGGCGUCAGAGUUCUCGGCACCCAGAUCGAUACUGUCAUCACCACCGAAGAUCGUGAUUUGUUUGCUCAGGCCUUGUCUGAAAUCAACGAGAAGUCCGCUCCUUCUGCCUCUGCCGUCAGCAUCCCUGAGGCUCUUGCUGCUGCAAAGCAGAUCGGUUACCCUGUCAUUACUCGUGCUGCUUAUGCCCUCGGUGGACUUGGCUCUGGUUUCGCCGACAACGAACAGGAGUUGAUCGCCCUUUGCAACAAGGCCUUUGCCACCUCUCCUCAGGUUCUGGUCGAGAAAUCGAUGAAGGGCUGGAAGGAAAUCGAGUAUGAGGUCGUUCGUGAUUGCCAGGACAACUGUAUUACUGUCUGUAACAUGGAGAACUUUGAUCCUCUUGGUAUUCACACCGGUGAUUCCAUUGUUGUCGCUCCUUCCCAGACAUUGUCUGAUGAGGAUUACAACAUGCUCCGUACCACUGCUGUCAAUGUCAUCCGUCACUUGGGUGUUGUUGGCGAAUGUAACAUCCAGUAUGCUCUUAACCCCUUCUCCAAGGAGUACUGCAUCAUUGAAGUCAACGCUCGUCUCUCGCGUUCUUCUGCUCUUGCUUCCAAGGCUACCGGAUACCCCCUUGCUUUCGUCGCUGCCAAGUUGGGUCUCGGUAUUCCUUUGAAUGAGAUCUCAAACAGUGUCACCAAGGUUACCUGCGCCUGUUUCGAGCCUUCACUCGAUUACGUUGUUGUCAAGAUCCCCAGAUGGGAUCUCAAGAAGUUUAACCGUGUCAGCACCGCUUUGAGCUCUUCCAUGAAAUCUGUCGGUGAGGUCAUGGCCGUUGGUAGAACCUUUGAGGAAACUAUCCAAAAGGCUAUCCGCGCUAUCGAUUACAACUUUGUUGGUUUUAGUGCCAACGACUAUGUUGACAACACUAACCUUGAUGAUGAGCUCCGCAACCCCUCUGACCAGCGUUUGUUCGCUAUUGCCAAUGCCAUGAACGAUGGUUACACUGUCGAUCGUAUUUGGGAAUUGACCAACAUUGACAAAUGGUUCUUGAACAAGUUGAUGCGCAUCGUUAACCUUGACAAGCGUCUCGAGGGUUUCUCCAAGGCUAACAUUCCCGGAAACAUGAUCCGCUCUGCCAAGCAGCUUGGUUUCUCCGACCGUCAGAUCGCUAACAAAAUUAACAGCAAUGAAUUGGCUGUCCGCAGACUUCGUCAGGAAUAUGGUGUAACACCAUUUGUCAAGCAGAUCGAUACUGUCGCUGCCGAGUUCCCUGCUUUCACCAACUACCUUUACAUGACCUACAAUGCUGUUGAGCACGAUAUCACCUUUGAUGACAAUGGUAUUAUGGUUCUCGGUUCGGGUGUGUAUCGUAUUGGUUCUUCUGUCGAGUUCGAUUGGUGUGCUGUUCGCGCUAUCCGUACCCUUCGCGAAAAGGGUAUCAAGACGGUCAUGGUCAACUACAACCCCGAAACUGUGUCCACUGAUUAUGAUGAGGCCGAUCGUCUGUACUUCGAGAACAUCAACAUGGAACGUGUCCUCGAUAUCUAUGAAAUUGAGCGUUCUUCCGGUGUCUUGAUGGCUAUGGGUGGUCAGACCCCCAAUAACAUCGCUCUUCCUCUUUACCGCCAGAACGUCAAGGUCCUUGGUACUUCCCCCGAGAUGAUCGACAACGCCGAGAACAGAUACAAGUUCUCUCGUAUGUGCGAUCAGAUUGGUGUUGACCAGCCCCAGUGGAGAGAGCUUACCUCCUUUGAUGAGGCCGAAAGCUUCUGUAACAAGGUCGGGUACCCUGUACUCGUUCGUCCUUCUUACGUCUUGUCUGGUGCUGCCAUGAACGUUGUAUUUUCUAAGGAUGAUCUCGAGUCUUACCUUAAGGAGGCUGCUGCUGUAUCCCGCGACCACCCCGUUGUUAUCUCCAAGUACAUUGAGGAAGCCAAGGAAAUUGAGAUGGACGCUGUUGCUUUAGACGGAAAGAUGAUCAUGCACGUUGUCUCUGAGCACAUUGAGAACGCUGGUGUUCACUCCGGUGAUGCCACUCUUGUGUUGCCUCCCCAGGAUUUGGACCCCGAGACCGUGCGCAAGAUUGAGAUUGCCACCGCUAAGAUUGGUCGUGCCCUCAAUGUCACCGGUCCUUUCAACAUUCAAUUCAUUGCCAAGGAUAAUGAGAUCAAGGUUAUUGAGUGCAAUGUCCGCGCUGCUCGUUCCUUCCCCUUCGUGUCCAAGGUUACUGGUGUCGACUUGAUCGAGAUGGCUACCAAUGCCAUGCUUGGUCUUCCCGUCACUCCUUACCCCAAGGUUAACAUUCCCAAGGAUUAUGUUGGUGUAAAGGUUCCUCAGUUCUCUUUCAGCCGCUUGUCUGGAGCUGAUCCCGUUUUGGGUGUUGAGAUGGCUUCCACUGGUGAAGUCGCCUGUUUCGGCAAGGACAAAUAUUCUGCUUACCUCAAGGCUCUUGUCGCCACUGGAUUCACUUUGCCUAAGAAGAACAUCUUGUUGUCUAUCGGUUCUUACAAGGAGAAGCAGGAAAUGCUUCCUUCUGUAAGAAAGCUCCACGAACUUGGAUACACUAUUUUCGCUACCGCUGGUACUGCCGAUUUUAUCCAGGAGCACAACAUUCCUGUCAAGUACCUCGAGGUUUUGGAUGGUUCAGGUGAUGAUACUCUCAAGGCUGAGUACUCUCUCCAACAACAUCUGGCCAAUAACUUGAUUGACUUGUACAUCAACUUGCCUUCUCGCAACCGUUACCGCCGCCCUGCUUCUUACAUGUCCAAGGGUUACCGUUCCCGUAGAAUGGCCGUUGACUAUGACAUUCCUCUUUUGACCAAUGUCAAGUGCGCCAAGGUCUUUAUUGAGGCUCUUGCUCGCAACCCCAGUGGCUCGUACGAGAUUCUCGGUAUCGAUUACAAGACCGGUCACACCACCGCAACCUUGCCAGGUCUCUUCAACAUCAACGCUUUCUUGCCCAAGGGUCAGGACUUUGGUGCUGUCUCCAAGGCAUCCGUCUGCGCUGGUUUCACCACCUUAUCCGCUGUCGCUCAAGAUGUUAUCAACACAUCUUCCUUUGAGUCCACCCACGUUGCUGCUCACAAGUCUGCCCACACUGAUUAUAUCCUCAACGUGAUUGCCACCACUGAGAAUGCUUCACAGCUUGCUUCUCUUGCUGCCGAUGCUGGUGCCGUUUAUAUUAACACCGACAAGAUCGGCAGUGGUCAGGUUUCUGUCUUUGACUCUGUCUUCUCUUCAUGGCCCAACUCUCACUUGAUCAUUACUGAUGCUAGAGGUACCGACCUUGCUUCGAUUUUGUUGCUUGCAUCCCUCCACAAUAGUGUCAUCCACGUUUCCAAUGUGAUCAACAAGAGUGAUCUGGCUUUGAUUGAGAUGAGCAAGAAGAAGGGACUUGAGGUGUCUUGCGAUGUCUCCGUCUACUCUCUUUUCUUUGCUUCCGAGGACUUUAACAACACCAAGCUUUUGCCUACCAAGGAUGAUCAGGCAGCUUUGUGGAAGAGUCUUGAUGUCGUCGACUGUUUCUCGAUUGGAUCCACUCCCAGCAAAUUGGCCCAAGAAUUGGGUAAGCCUGUUACCAAGAUCGAGGGUAUCAAUGAAACACUUCCUCUUCUUUUGGAUGCUGUUUCCAAGGGUCGUCUCCAGCUCAAGGAUAUUUCUGACCGUCUUUACGAGAACCCUCGCCGCAUCUUUGGCUUGGUUGCUCAGCCCGAGACUUUCAUUGAGGUUGAGGUCGACCGCCAGCACGUCUGGGCUACUGAUGCCUCUACAUGGUCUCCUCUUUCUGGUCGCACCCUUUAUGGAUCUAUCUCUAGAGUCGUGAUGAACGAGAAGACUGUCUUUAUGGAUGGUACCUUCUCUUCCGAUGGUACCCAUGGUCGCAACAUCUCUGCACAGGUCCAGGCCGUCAAGUCUUCCACCAAGGACUCCCAGAACAGCAAGCUUGAAAACGCUCUUUCUGCUCCUAAGAAGACCGAGAAGGCUAUCCGCGCCUCCGCCGAAGAUUCAAUCAAGUUGGCCGGUUCAGAGAACCAGCAGUUGGUGUCUUAUGAAGCUCAAACCUACGAGCUCUCUGCUUCACUCUCACGUGUUGUCAGCCGUUCUCCCUUCUACAACAAGCACAUCUUGCGUGCAAAGCAGUUUGACCGCAAUGAUUUGCAUUUGUUGUUCGGUGUUGCUCAGGAGAUGCGUACUUUGGUUGAGCGUUAUGGAUCAAUCAACUUGUUGCAGGGUCGUGUCAUGACUACCAUGUUCUUCGAGCCCUCGACCCGUACUUCUUCCUCGUUCGAGGCUGCUAUGUACCGCCUUGGUGGUAAGGUUGUCGCUGUCAGUGCCACCACAUCUUCAGUCCAGAAAGGCGAGUCCCUUGCUGAUACUGUUCGCACUCUCGGAUGUUACGCCGAUGCUAUCAUUCUCCGUCAUCCUCAGGCUGGUAGUGCCCAGAUUGCUGCCAAGUACUCCAAGGUUCCUGUUAUCAACGCUGGUGAUGGUAUUGGAGAGCAUCCUACUCAGGCUUUCUUGGAUGUAUUUACCAUCCGUGAAGAACUCGGUACUGUCAAUGGUUUGACCAUCACUAUCGUUGGUGAUCUCAAAAACGGCCGCACUGUCCACAGUCUUGUGAAGCUUCUUGCUUACUACCAGGUUACAAUCAACUAUGUCUCGCCCGAGUCUCUCUCUAUGCCCGCUGAUUUGAUGGAGGAGAUCAAGGAAGCUGGUGUUACCCAGAACGUUUACCGCACUCUCGACGAUGUCAUUGGAACCACUGAUGUUCUUUACAUGACUCGCGUCCAGAAAGAACGUUUCUCUACUGAGGAGGAAUACAACCGUGUCAAGGAUGCCUUUAUUAUCAACAACGAUGUAUUGAGCAAAGCUCAGGCUCACACUCUUGUCAUGCACCCUCUUCCCCGUAUCAACGAGAUUGAGCCCGAAGUUGACUUUGACCAAAGAGCCGCUUACUUCCGCCAGAUGCGUUAUGGUCUCUUUGUUCGCAUGGCUCUCUUGGCCUUGGUUAUGGGCACCCUUCGCGAUUAAGUAAAGAUCGAACCAUUUAGACUAUUAUCAUUAUUAUUGUCAUAAAACAAAGCAAAGAAAAACCUAUUUAUUGGUUUUGGAUACAAAUUGUAGAAAAAAAAAGCAUAAUGCAUUCUCAUAUCUAUAAAAAUAAAUUAUUAUUGUUUCAAUUUCUUUAAAAAAAAAGAAAGCU